AUGGCCAAAAGCAGCUCCAGUGUUGCCACACAGACUGCUGGGUGGUCUCGUGGACCCUGUGACAGCUGCAGCAGUGCCCAGGCCAGCCUACGUGAGGUGGGCAGAGCCAUCACCAGCAUCUGCCAGAGCCAGAACAUCCCCUCGGCUCUCAGCAAGUUCCAGGAGACAGUGGAGGAAAGCAUGGGGAGAAGGACCCUCUCUGCCACGGACAUGAGCUACUGGGCCUCAGAGCAGAGCAAGGACCUCUCCCGGAUCAGUAAAUACCUCCAGAUGCUGCUGCAGCAGGUCAACCCUCUGAAGGCUCAGCUGGAAGAGUCGGAGGGGCAGAAGGAUGAGCUGCGGAAACAGGUUGAAGACUUUUCCCAGUUGCUUCAGGUGGAGAAGGAGACCCAAGCACAGCAGAAGGAGGAGGCUGAGCAGCGCCUGGAAGCCAAGAACAAGGAGCAUUUAGAGGCUGUAGCCAGGCUGGAGAGGGACAAGGACGACCUGCGGAGAGGAGCUGCUCUGCUGGAAGAGCGACUCUCUGCCUUGACAGACGAGCUGGCUGCAAAGCGAGGAGCUGUGCAGGAGCUGGAGGUGACCAAGACAACCUUGCUGGAGGAGAUGAGGACCAAGAUGGUGGCAAAGAGCCAGAUGCUGGAGCUGGAGGAGAAGGUGCAGCUGCUCAUCGGCCAGCAGAAGAGCAUGGGUGAGGAGCUGAGUGCCACCACCAUCCAGCUGGACAAGGAGAAGGCCAAGGUGAAGAGCGUGCUGAGGCAUCAGGAGUCCCUGCAGGCCAAGCAGAGGGCCCUGCUGCAGCAGCUCGAUAGCCUGGACCAGGAGCGUGAGGAGCUGCAGGACAGGCUGGAAGAGGCCAAGGAGGACAAGGCCAGGCUGGAGCAGCAGCUGGAGGAGAGCCGGGAGCGCAGCGGGCAGCAGCUCCGGGAGCAGCAGGAGCUGCUGGACAUGCUGCAGAAGGAGAAGCUGAGCCUGGAGCGAUCUGCCUCGGAGCUGCAGGACAACAUCUCCAAGCUGGAGAAGCAGGCGCAGGAGCUGAAAGAGAGGGAGAAGCUCCUGGUGUUCUUCCCCGAGCUCCACAUCCCCAUCGAGGCACAGUUUGAGAGCACUGGGAGCUGGACUGAGGACAUGGAGAAGCAGAUCCAAGCCAACAGCAUCCGGAUGGGCGUGCUGGAGCAGGAGAACCUGCGGCUCUGGGCCGCUCUGGCCAAGGUGAAGGCAGCUGCUGAGCAGGGUGUGCUGGAGCUCAUCCCACUGACCCAGCCGUGGUCUGAGCUCAACACCCAGAGCAGUGGGGAUACUGGUGGGCUGGCCACAGGGAGCAGCCGAGGCAGCCAGGCCAGUGCGGGGACACAGGGACAGGCAGGCCAGCCCGGGCAGCAGCGCCCCGGGGCUGAGCCCCCCGGCACGGGCAGACCCCGCCUCAGGCUGCCGGCGCGGCGGCUGCAGCUCAGCGUCCCCGGGACAAGGGGGCGCGGCAGGACCCGGCCCCCCUGGAGCCAGCUCAGCAGCGCCCACCGCAAGGAAGGGCCGCGAGAUGAAGGCAGAAAGGCAGCCUUGGACAAGCAGCCCCUGUCCUACCCCACGGGGCCUGCUCAUGUCUAG